AUGGCCUAUUCUAAUCUCAAGGUAAUAAUCGUUACGGGCCCUUCGGGAACUGGCAAGACACAGUUCAUCAACAAAGUGGCCGAUUCGAAUCUUCCAGAAGGCGAAGGUUCUCUGGAGCCAUGCACCAGGCAGAUACAAGAGGAGAAAGUCAGCAUCGAUGGAAGCGCCGUUCUUCUCAUUGACACCCCUGGAUUCGAUGCUGAGGAAGUGUCGAAAAUCAAGAAGAAGAUUGCCGAGCACCUGAGAUGGAAAUACAACGAAGGUGCAGACGUAGUCGGGAUGGUAUACAUGCAUAGCAUGUCCGACAAUCGCAUCGGCGACAACGUCAUGAAAAGCCUCAAGGCAUUCCGCGAUAUAUGCGGCGACGAAGCCAUGUCGCACGCUGUGAUUGUAACGAACAUGUGGACAAGGAUUCGCAAGGAGGUCGGCGAAGGUCGAGAGAGGGAUCUUAAGUUGGGCGAAUACGGUUUCCGAGACGCAAUUGAGAAGGGCGCCAAGCUCCGCCGACAUGACGGCUCUGCAGAGUCGGCUCGCGACAUCGUGAAGCAACUCAUGCAGAACCAAGCGAUAGUUCUCCCAUGCCAGAGCCCAGUGCCAUCCGGAAGUGGCGAAAGCAAUUGCUCAGAGAAAUGGUCCGAAGGUUGCACAGUGACGGCAGAAUCCGAGUCAACAACGUCAUGUUGUUUCAAGUUGCCAUUUUUCCGCAGGCGCAAGUAAUCCUCCAGAUAGCUCGUCACCUAGAAGGCGCUUGUUAAAUUAUUACGACGCACGAAACUAGAAGUACCUUACAGUUGACCACACGCUCGAUAGUACAUGGCUUGGGUUGUUAUAAUUAUCACUAUGUUUUAUGGCUAUGUGAGACCUGUACGUCGUCUAUAAUGCAAUUAGAUCACCUCUUACGCACAUGACACAC